AAUAAAUGAUAACACCAAAUAUGAAAUGAUAAUCGUGUCCAUAAAUAUUCAAAAUAAUAAUUACUGAACUAUAAAAGAGAGCAAAGAGAACAAAAACUUUGUUUCAUGAGCACAAAACUCGCAAACGAGUUUUCCUGGACGAAGGGCUCGCGGACAUGACGAGGCGGCGCGUGGACCUUCUAGAACAUUGUCGGAGCCGCAGCGGCGCGAAAAAUCCACUGCUGUCCAUCCUGAACCGAGAAAGAAUGGCGUUAAGAAAAGUUCUUUCGUCGAAGCCCCAAACCCCUUACUUUAAGCCCCCGGCAAUACACAUUUGUGUGGUUGCACUGAAGGACCAGCAUAGGGUCACGAGGUGGGACUUCCAGGACGGCAGAGCGGUGGCGGCCGUCACAAAAGCUAAUGCCGUCAUGGCCAUCAGCGACGGGCACUCCGUGGCCAAAGUGACCCUGUAUGAAGACCUGAAGGCCCAAGUUCAAGAGGGUGCUUCCUACGUGGUUCGUGGCUAUAACCUGAGGGGCAAUUCCCCUCCAUAUGCCUUUAAUGUCUCAAGGGAGACAGAAUUCUUUCGAAGCAGCGCCCUCGUCAUCGACGAGAAAUUACAAAACGAGGCCUUGAGGCUGAUCAAUCCUCGCUCGCCCCUGACCCCCCUCAGCACCUGCAGGGAAUCUGCUGGUCUGGUCACGGUGGAAGGGGAGGUGGUCGAGGUAAGUAACUUUCCGUUUAACGGGACUGCGAUAUAUAUAGCCAAUGUAGGUUGUUGCUGUAAAAUUAAGAGUGUAAGUCCGCCGGACUGCAGCUAUGAGAACAUUAACACCCAAAUCCACUGUGUUCAGGUGUCUGAGCUGAAGGAGGUGGUGGUGGCGAGGGACCGCGUGCCACUGCAAAACAUCACGUUGAAGCAGGGGGAAACAAAGGUGCCCGUGUCCCUCUGGAGGGAAACCGCCCUCCACUGCUGUGAGAUCGGGAACGUCCUGAGAGUGUCCCACCUGAGAGGGUCGGAGUCCAAUUAUGGAUUCCGGCUCCAAACAACGGUGGAGUCAGCAAUUGAGGCGGUCAGUUCCACGGCAGCGGAGGAGGUUGGAGUUUACGGGGCAACACCGGCACGCGGGGCUCCCGGAAGCCUAAAAGUGCUCCUGGAGGACGACAGGACGCUGUUCAUCGAGGAGAGCAAGUGGCUGCCAAUAGCUGCCAUAAUGGAAGCGCCACCCUUACCGGUCAAAAUAACCGUUAAAGGCAACACCAUUGUCGCCAUUGAAGCCAUGCGGAAGGAGGAGUAGCUGUUUGAGUUUCUUUUUGUUGUUGCUGUUUUUGCUGUUGUUUUAAUGUGUUCAUUAGGAAUCGGUUCUCCGUUGUUCAAAUUACCUUUCACAUUGUAUAGGAUGUUAUUAAUCAAUUUGCCAAAGUUCAUGUGUUCUGUUUUUGUUCUAUGUUAACCUUUUGUAAAAUGGAUGUAUAAUCAGUUUAAUCAAUUCAAUCAGUUUAAUCAAUUCAAUCAGUUUAUUCAAUUCAAUCAGUUAUGACAAAUCCAUGUAAUCGUGCAGUCUGUGUUCAAUGUCCAAUCAAUACAUGUUUUAAUCUCUGAUUACUGAUUCAAUUUUCAAUCAAUAAAUGUUUGUCACAAUUCUCGACUUUUCUUUUAAAGUCUUCAAAAUCCCCGUGUAGCCACGGAUAGUGCUAUUAUUUGAUUACUGUGUGGAUGUUAAAAAGCCUUUAAUUUUUGCCCACAAAUGAUAAUUUACUCCUCGCGUGUUUCAGCAUUAACUCUGAUCAUUUGUAGCCGGCAUCGUGUGACGUCUGCCUUUGUUAGAGCGCUCUGUUUAGGACAGUUCUAAUCAGUCUGUCGCUUCCACUCUGCCGCAACUCUCCCCAUAGCAACCAGAGCCCCGCACACACAAGCAGCCGCUACGUCACACAUAAACAAAUGACUCUGUAUCCAGUCAGCUGACGCUACCGGCAGCUAGCUUUCGUCGGCUAGCGCUACUA